CCAGGAGCUAUGACCGCCAACGCGGAGCCGAGGCGGCGCCCCGGAGUGGGGGUCGGCGUGGUGGUGGUGAGCUGCGAGCAUCCUCGCUGCGUCCUUCUGGGGAAGAGGAAAGGGUCGUUUGGAGCCGGCAGUUUCCAGCUUCCUGGGGGCCAUUUGGAAUUCGGUGAGACCUGGGAAGAGUGCGCUCAGAGGGAAACCUGGGAAGAGGCUGCGCUACACCUGAAAAACGUGCGCUUUGCCUCCGUGGUCAAUUCUUUUGUUGAGAAGGAGAAUUACCAUUAUGUCACCAUAUUAAUGAAAGGAGAGGUGGACAUGGCUCAUGAUUCAGAGCCAAAAAAUAUGGAACCUGAAAAAAAUGAGAGUUGGGAGUGGAUUCCUUGGGAAGAAUUUCCUCCAUCAGACCAGCUUUUCUGGGCUCUCCGUUGUUUAAAAGAGCAAGGCUACGACCCAUUUAGAGAGGACCUGAACCACCUGGACGGGUAUAGAGGAGAGCACCUCGAAGGAGCUAGGACAAUUCCUUGAUUUAAAAAAAAAACAAACAAACAAACUUUAGUAAAUGGAAGAUUCCGCGUUUCAGGAUAACUCCAUUUUAUCUACAAAGCCACGUGGUCACCGGUUUAUUCACAGUCUCCUAAAGUAACUCGAACCCUUGAGAAAAUCUUCCUGGGCUGUGUUACUGAGUAAUAUGGAUAAGGAACUUGUGGUUAAUUAUCUGUACUACUGUAAGUUACUGUUGUUGGCUGCAUGGAGGCAAGUGCCACAGAAUUUGUCUUCCUGUUCUCAUUCAAAUAGAGGUCACAACUCAAAUGUGGCUGUUCAAGUUUGGAAGCAAUUUGCUCACUGCAAAAUUCAUCAUGAUUGUUGAUGUCCUUUUUCCUCUUACUUGAAAAGAAUUUUUAAAUGACCGCGUAACUCGAGAGAUCAUGACAUGUGGUAUGCUGUACUUUCCUGGUUUCUGACAGAGAAUCAGGGCUGAAUGUGAGACAACUAAGCUUGGAUCCCACUAUUAAAGGCCAAGUCAUCUGAAUUUC